AUGGAGAAAAUCCUAAAAGAAGGGAUACAGUGCCCCGACGAAGGUAUGGCUAGGAUCUCCGGUUUCAUGUUAGAAGGAGACUCCUGGAAGUGGUGGAAAGUGGAAAAAACUCGUAGAAGGCAUACAUGGGAUCAGUUUAAGGUUGUCUUCACUACCGAAUAUUGCCCUCUUGCCUAUCGUGAGGCCAGAAGGAGAGAGUUUGAGGAGCUGCAACAGGGGAACAUGACUGUUUCCGAGUACGAGAGAAAGUUUCGGGAACUAUCUGAAUUCUGCAUGCACAUGAUUCCCGAUGACCAUACGAAGAAGGUGAGGUUUAUAGAUGGCUUGAACGAGAACAUAGCCCUCACCCUUACUGGAUCAGUGCAUCCUACUUAUCAGUCCGCUAGGGAUGCAGCGCUGGAAUUAGAGAGGCAGGUGGAGAUGCACAAACCUUCGAGGCGUAGAUCAUUUGAAGGUGGGGCACCUAGUCAGGGAGCAUCCAGGAAGAGCCAUAGUUCGGCUCAUCGAGUAGUGGUGGACCGAGCCCACGAGACAGAUUUCAGCGGAGAAGCAGUUAUCUGUGGGCAGCCAAACCAUAUAAGGAGGGAGUGCCCUUAUGGUAGUGGCAGUGUGUUAGGGGCAGGUAGGCGAGCACAGCAUAUUAGUGAAUUUCAGGGUUAG